CGCAGCCACCGAGCCGCUUCAGGACGCGGCCGCCCGCCGCCUCUUAAAGGGAGGUAGCCGGCCUUAAAGGAACCCUCGCGCGCCCAGCGCGGCGGCCCGGUUCCCCUCAGGGCCGAGCCCCCUGCGGGCGGGCGCCCAGGCGCGGGCCCGGCCUCUCCGUCCUCGCCGCCGCCGCCGCGGGCCGCCGGGAGCGGCUUUUUUUUUUUUUUUUUUUUUUUUUUGAAAUUCAGGCGACGCUUAAGGGAGCCCCGGGCGCGCCCGGUGCAUUGUGGGAGCGGCCGCGGCCCGUUUUCGGGAGGAGGCGGAGGGCGCCGAGCGAGCCGGCGGAUCUGUAAUAAAGAACCCAGCCCACCAGGAGAGGGGGAAGGGAGGGGUUGAACUCUGAGGAGCUGGAACCCAAGAACCAUGUCUACGCGGGAAACCUUUAACCCAGAAACUUAUGAAUUGGACAAGAGCUUCCGGCUAACCAGAUUCACAGAACUGAAGGGCACAGGCUGCAAAGUGCCCCAAGAUGUCCUACAGAAGUUGCUGGAAUCUUUACAAGAAAACCACUUCCAAGAAGAUGAACAGUUUCUGGGAGCAGUCAUGCCAAGACUUGGCAUUGGAAUGGAUACUUGUGUCAUUCCUUUGAGACAUGGUGGGCUCUCCUUGGUUCAGACCACGGAUUACAUUUAUCCUAUCGUAGACGACCCUUACAUGAUGGGCAGGAUAGCAUGUGCCAAUGUCCUCAGUGACCUCUAUGCCAUGGGGGUCACGGAAUGUGACAAUAUGCUGAUGCUCCUCGGGGUCAGUAAUAAAAUGACUGACAGGGAAAGGGAUAAAGUGAUCCCCCUAAUUAUACAGGGCUUUAAAGAUGCAGCAGAGGAAGCAGGAACGUCGGUAACAGGUGGCCAGACGGUAUUAAACCCCUGGAUCGUUUUGGGAGGAGUCGCUACAACUGUCUGCCAGCCCAAUGAAUUUAUCAUGCCAGAUAAUGCAGUGCCAGGAGACGUGUUGGUGUUAACGAAACCCCUGGGGACACAAGUUGCUGUCGCCGUGCAUCAGUGGCUGGACAUUCCUGAAAAAUGGAAUAAAAUUAAAUUAGUGGUCACCCAAGAAGAUGUGGAGCUGGCUUACCAGGAAGCAAUGAUGAAUAUGGCCAGGCUCAACAGAACAGCUGCAGGGCUCAUGCACACAUUCAACGCCCAUGCUGCCACAGACAUCACCGGCUUCGGGAUUUUGGGCCACGCACAGAACCUAGCCAAGCAGCAGAGGAACGAGGUGUCAUUUGUGAUUCACAACCUUCCUGUGCUGGCUAAGAUGGCUGCCGUGAGCAAGGCCUGUGGAAACAUGUUUGGCCUCAUGCAUGGGACCUGCCCGGAGACCUCAGGAGGCCUUCUAAUCUGUUUACCACGUGAGCAAGCAGCUCGGUUCUGUGCAGAGAUAAAGUCCCCCAAAUAUGGUGAAGGUCACCAAGCAUGGAUUAUUGGGAUUGUAGAGAAGGGCAACCGUACCGCCAGGAUCAUAGACAAACCCCGGAUCAUCGAAGUCGCACCACAAGUGGCCACUCAGAACGUGAACCCCACACCCGGUGCCACCUCUUAAUCUAGGCAGAGGUAGCUGUUUGGUUUUGUUUUUAAAUAGAUCUAUUUCCUUUAUCAUCACUUCAAUUAAAGACUAUAAACAACAACAAAAAUCUCAUUGUGUCUACACAUCUGGUGACCGUAGGUCGAUUCGUGAGUGGAUACAAUUAAUAAAACCCAUGGCCUUUUUUUCCUGUUACAUUAACUGAAGAUGCACCUAAUCUUGAGGCAGCUUCUGAGUUGAGAAUUAUAUUGUUAUCCAAUACUGUUGAUUCAUUUUGAAUCUUUAGACACUUAUCUCUUGCCGCAUAGGCUCUUUUUAAAGGUGCUUUCAUGUAGCACAGACACUACCAGUAAGUAGUGUCCGAUAGCAGUUUGUGUCUUCAUUUUAUGUGUAUUUAUCAUAGAAGUCUCAUCAUUUUUUAAGUGUCUUGAGUGGCAUUCUGGAGAGAAGGAAUUGGUAAGUGUGACAUGAUGGCUUCCAGGCUAUAGGAGGGUUGCAUGAUUGCUUUGAGUCUGAUCACCCAAGAGCAUCUCUUUGGCCCAGGACAUUCUGCAAUAGUGCAUUUAGUUCAGCAAGUCAAGUGCUUCACUCUGCAUGGAAAGCACUUUGAAGACGAAAAAGAAAUUUUAUUUCUUUUUUUUUGUAGCCUUCCUGGUAUUUACAGUAGUAUCAUUAAUUAUUUUAUCAGUAGCCAAAAAAAAGGAUACUUUUUGCAAUGUAAUUAGAUGUUCUAUAGUGCAACGAGGAAUUGGCUUCCAAAAGGGGGUUCGUGUAUAAUACUCAUUUGCGAUUCAAUAUAUAAUUACGCAAAUAAUUUUUAAAUAUAAUCAACAAUAAAGACUGUUGUGGAUGGUAGUGUUUAAUACAUUUUAUAUUUUGUAUAGUGAUCACAAGCUUUUUGUUAAAAUCAGCAGCUUAUUUAGCCUAAUUCUUAGCAUUAUUUUGCCCCUUGCACCGUCCUUUUGUUGUGCAUGCAUUUUGUGAUCUGUGUUAAAAACUGGCAUUGCUAACAUUGCAGUUCAAACAAAAACUUGUUAUUCGAAUAAAUAUUUAAUUUUUUAAAUUGCUCUUGUAUAAUCAGAUACUCCUUUUGAUAUUAUUUUAGAAGCCUUGGGAGGGUUUUGCCUGAAAUACAAUUUAUCAGGGGAAAGCUAGAUUUUAGUUUUAUAAAACUUUGAAGUCUUCAUGGGACCUAUAUUUUCUUGAAUUGAAUUUUGUAGUUCUAGAACAAAUAGGCUAUCUAAACAGGUGUUACUGUGUUAAUAAAAAUCAGAGGCUUCCUUACAUUGUCACCUGGUGCCCAGGAGGGGACUCCUGUGGUGUGGAGCACAGGGACGCUGAGCCCUCCAGGGUCGUUCCCCAUCAGCAAAGGUCUCGUGCCUCCGCCCAGGCCCUGAAUGCUUCCUGCUCACAGCACAAGAGCCGCUGCACCCGUGGACCGUUCUGCUUCUUGCCAGAGGUUCCAGCAAGGGGGAGAGGACGCUCCCUGGAAGAGGCAUCAGGUGGCUGCGCCCUGCUGCAGGAACUAAAGCAGCUUCUCCACAUGAACACCAGAACUGCGCCUGAGGUGCAUGAGAGGCUGCUGCAAAGCUCAAGUUGCCUGGACGUUUUAUAGGCAUGGAUACAUAUGUUGGUCCUUGAGAGCCGCAAACCAGUGGCACGCAAAAUAAAAUGUGCUGGAAACUUCUGAGUGAGAAACA